GCGUCCUACAGGUCGGUUUUAGAUCGUUUAUAAAGCAGCCAGGAUUUGAUACCUGUACCCAAACCGCUGACUUGUCUGUGCCUUACGCUGGUCUGCUGUCCUGUCUAGUCUCAGCUACGCCGUCUUGGAGGGAAAAUGCUGAAGUUCGUCGCUUUCGCGCUGUUCCUGACCGUGGUGUCGGUGUCUGGAGAAGGCUGCUGCGCGCCCAAACAGUGGGAGAGCCUCGUGGGAAUCCAGAACACCACUGCUGUGGACGGAAUGAUCAAGGUGACCCAGACCUACGCUAUGGAGUCCUACGACUUUGACAGGAAGAAGAUCGCGAUGGUGUUCCCAACGGAGGGAUUCAGAAUGGUGCAGGACUACGACAAGAAAAAGCUGUACAUCAUUGCUGGAACAUACUGUUCCGCCAUUCCUUGGCCUUACCCUAUGAUCAACUGCAUACCUGAAAACGCCACACUGCUUUUCUCGUAUGAGAUGGGCGGCUCGGGCGGACUGAUGGUGAAUCAGUACAACCUGGACGCUUUCCUUCAUGACUUCAAGGGGUCGAUGCAAUUCACCGACAAGUGUAUCCCUGUUUCACAGCAACAGUAUUUCGAUUCGUAUGUGACGAUGUUUGGAUUCACCAACGUGACUACUGGUAUCAAGGACCCGUCAGUGUUUGAUGUGCCCAGUCCUCCCUGUCCCAUGGACACGGACAUAGACAACGUGCUGAAGCCGCUGUUGUUCGAACCUGCCCAGCCCUGACCUGGGAACGAGACUCACCUGUGACGACACUGUCGAGGUCGUACCCAGGGAGCAACACUCAAACAUCAUUGCUGUAGAAGAAAAGUAUUAACGUUAUGAUUACUAGUAAAUUGUCUGAUUUCUUGCGAAAUGACGUGACUAGAUGCGUGAACGUGGCAUGCGAUAGCCUGAAACAUGUAAUUACCCACAAACAGCGGAUACGUCGAUUGUUUAAUGUUUAGAAGUUGCCGGUAAAGGAGUUCAAGAUAUGAUGUUGAUGGUAAAUGUAUAUGAUUCGUUGGAACUUCUCUUAGUAAAUCCACCAAAUACUUGUGACAACAUUGCAAAA